AUGUCUAGCCGGGAUUUGAAGAGAAAGGCGAUGUCAGUUUCGAAGAACAAGGCGAAUGCAGCGCCACCAGCGGCAGCGGCGGCGGCGGCAGGGGUGAGCAGACUUCCUCACAGAAGCGGCUCAUCCCCAGCACCCAACCUCGCCGGUUUCAACGGCGUGGCAGCGCCCUUCCUCGGUCACGGAAGCAGCUCGUCCCCAACACCCAACUCCUCUGCUGGUACGAUUCAUCCUCAAUCCCUGGCAGAUGGCUUGGAUUCUUCACCAAUCCAUGGCAGACGAGGCUACCUAGUCGGAUUUGGCGCAGUUGCCUCUUCACAUGGCAGAUGUGCCUCCACCGGUCCAAGUUCUCCGUUCGGGCAUCAAUCAAAUUGGGAUCCAGUUUGCAGACUAUUCACAAGUGGGUAUUCUGAUCAGAUGUGGAUUGAUGCAGCAGACAAGUUCUAUUUGAUAGACAACAAAAAGGCAAAGCUAGGUCCCUUUGUGCUAAAGAAUGUUUGGAAAAUAUGCCGAGAGGUGCCAAAGUGGAAAACAUACAAUGAAGACCUAAGGAAUGUGCUUAAAAGGAAGUCAUAUCACAUUGAAGGAGAAGUGGAGGAAGAUGAUGAUAUUGAAGAAAUGCCUGAGCGACCUAUUGGACAGAAGGCAGCCAAAAAGGCCGCUCAUGCUGCAAAAGGGAAGUCCAAAGGAUCAAAUUUGGAUGAUGAUGGAAAAGCAAAGGAAUCGGCGAUUGAUGUGGAGAAGCUUGACAAAUUUAGCAAAAUCCAGGAAGAUUUAAAUGCAAACCGCAUGAAGGUAUUGGAACUACAACAGAAGUUAUCAACCGAGAAGCUUGAAACCACAAGACUGGCACAUCUUACAGCUAAGGAGACCACCGAGGCAAAAAGGCUUAAGAAGGAAUCAAAGAUGAUGCAUGCUUACAACACUCUCAUCUCUCAAGAUACAAGUUCAAUGUCCGAUGAAGAAAAAGCUGAGCGUGUUGCUACUAUGAAGUGUUUUAGGAAGACUUUAUUUCUUGAAAUGAUCUAG